ACAUCAACACUCACACUGCCGCUGGUUGAGUAGGAGAGAAGUUUGCCGCCGGUCAGGGCGGGCAUACAUCGUGCUCAUUGGGAAAGAAUAUCAGCACAGCAGUAGUGGAUGAGACGCAGCGAAGAGCGAGGAGCAGUGUGAGCGACCUCAGCAGCCAGCAGGGCUGUGCAUGCUGGACAGAGCAGGAAAACAGCCACCAGCCUCUUUGUGUGUGCAAGUUGAUAAGUGCAAACAACGGAACACACCCCCUGGAGAAUAUUUUUUGCACAUGUGGAAUUAACCUCAAUUUCGUUCUAGCAUCUUAUCAUUCCUGCUCUGCUUCCACCUGGUUCCUCUCUGUUGGAUAUAAAUUGCAGCUUUUGAAAAUACGGUCCUUAUUUUUCUCGCAUCGAUUGUGCUGCGGCAGACAUGGAGGAUCAGAGCCGGAUGAUACAGACUUUGAGCGGCGUGACUCUGUCCGGACACUCGGUGCAGGGAGCCGUCGGAUUGCAGCUGCCCCACAUCCACGACUGUACCGACGGGGACGGAAGGAACCAAGACAUCGGGAGUAUUCUGCAUCAGAUCAUGACCAUCACUGACCAGAGUCUGGAUGAAGCGCAGGCAAAGAAACAUGGAUUGAACUGCCACCGGAUGAAGCCUGCACUCUUCAGCGUCCUCUGUGAAAUCAAAGAGAAAACAGCCUGCUUCUGUAAAGGACUUCAGAACACUGUGUUAAUGAACUAUGACACUUCUUCACUCAUCUGUUCAUUAAUGGAAUCAUACAUUAUUUACAGCAGAGGCUGCUCAUGGAAGCUCCCUCCAUUCAAUGUCAAAACCAAAUUGAGUGUAAGCAUUUGUGUUUGUGUCUUGAAUUAGCAACCGCUACAUAUCUGAAUAAAUACAUCAGGGAGGGGUGUAGAUUUUUUUCUUCUUGUCAUUUGUCUAUUUUUUCCUUUUAUUCUGACUCUAUAAUGCUCAGAGGCUUUAAUGAUGGAGGCCAGAACAUAGAGCUGCCUAGAGUUAUGAGUUGUCUGGUGGCGAUAUAAUAUGCUGUCAAUUACUUCUUUAGUAUUAUUAUUAUUGUUUCUCUGUUGUGGAGAUUGUGUUUAUUCCUGGACCUAUUGUUGCUGAUUGGUGGAUUUCUUUUACUUGUUUACUUUAUAUGGGCUUCUGUAGUCUCUGUAGACUAUGUUAAGUUAAAAUAAAUAAA